UACAUCCUGUCUGUAAACACUUGGAACAAAACGUGCAGGAGUUGUUCUCAGUGUAGUGCAAUGCUUGUGCGUCGCUGUGUUAGUCUGUGCAGCCGUGUGGUUUACAGAGGAGGAGGAGGAGGAGGAGGAAGAGGAGCAUGGAGGUCACCUGCAGGUCACAAGGAGGUGAAGUAUGCAGACAUCACCUGCAGUGCAGGACCACCAAAACGCCUCUCCCACAGUGAGGUGGGGGACUUGUGCAAGGCUGAGUCUGUUCAGAGGUAUCUCCAGCAGCUGGUGGAGGAGUUCAGAGACACAAGCAAGAAGUUGCAGCACUUGUACCUGAGUGAGUCAGACAGAAAAGUGCUGAUGAAGAAACAGGCAGAGCUGCUGCCUCUGGCAAAUGUGUUUGAGAGGACUGAACAAGCCCUGAAAGACCUCGAGGAAGUCCUUUCACUGCUGCAUAGUUCUCCUGGUGAAUUUGACGUGUUAAACUGUAUUAUGUUUAUGCUUUAAGAUGCUUGUUUUAAGAAGGGAGAUGCAC